AUGUCAGGCAUUGCGGCUUUAAUUAUCCACAGGCGGGUCCUCAAUCAAGAAAAAGAGAAGUUACGGAUUCAAACAAUGAUCCGAAACAAACGGUUUCGCGAUUUGUCAAAUCCGUACGAGGACCCUAAUUUCCAAAUUACGUACCGACUCACCCCGGACUUGGCCUUGGCUCUAUUGAGAGAUUUGAAGCCUGUUUGGCAACAACACCAUUAUUCAAGCUCACUCCCUAUAGAACUGAAGUUCCUCUGCGCGUUACAUUUUUUCGCACAUGGCUCCUAUCAAAAAAGCCUUACAAAGGAUGUGGACUUUAAAGUUAGCCAGCCUACUUCCAGCAGAGCCAUUAGCGAGGCAGUGGCGGCUCUAAAUAAACCUCAAAUUAUCAAAAAAUGGAUUAAUUUCCCAAAUAGUCCUCAAAUGGGGGCAACCGUUUCAAGAAAUUACCAAAAAUUCGGAAUUCCUGGAGUAUUGGGCUAUAUUGAUGGCACUCAUAUAAAACUUAAGAAGCCAACACAACAUGAAGAACUUUAUGUUAAUAGAAAAGGUGAACACACCCUUAAUGCACAAAUGGUUUGUGACAGUUCCUUAAAAAUAUUAAAUGUGUGUGCACGAUAUCCAGGUGCAACACAUGAUUCCUUUAUAUGGAGGUUUAGUGCACUACGGAAGGUGAUGAUGAACCUUAAUGGUGAAGGCAGUACUUGCUGGCUUCUAGGUGAUUCUGGAUAUCCCUUGGAACCAUGGCUACUCACACCGAUUCUUAAUGCUGAAGAAGGCACACCUCAAAAUCGGUAUACCAACACCCAUAUAAAGGCAAGAAACUGUAUUGAGAGGUGUUUCGGUGUACUUAAAUCGAGGUUUCGAUGUCUGCUGAGGAAGAUGGAGUACGAACCGACAAAAGUAGGCUGCAUUGUAAAUGCAUGUGCAGUUUUACACAAUGUGUGCAUAACAGCAGGACUCACUCUUCCGAACGUUGUUGAUGAAGAUACUUUAGCGCCAGACGCGAGUACAGCAGAUAUCUAUAGAGAUAUGCAAAUAUAUGAGCAGGGUCUUCAAGUGCGACAACAACUAAUUCAAAGAUUAUUUUAUUAUUAA